AUGGUCCUCUCCCUACUAAGCAAUAAGCCAUCUCGCAACAGUAAACGAGCACCGUUAUCCCCUUCAGCCUCCCCCUCGACGACGACAUCAUCCUCUAAAUCACAAAAGACUACCGGAUCUUCCACGUCUGUCCAGCUAUCCUCCUCCGCUUCCACGCCGGCUGCCUCAUCCACCCUCACAGAAGCCCUGCGCGGUAAUCCAUUUGGCGCAGGCUCACGCCCUACCCUUACCACCGCCUCGAUAACGGAUAUACCUGCUACGAAUGAUACGGAAGACGAGAAACAGCGCGAUCUACGAGAACUUAACCAUGCGUUGAACGUGUUGGCGGGGUUAUUUCCUGAUGUCCACGCGGAGGUUUUUAGAGAGCUGCUCACCCGGUUUGAUGGGAAGAGUAGACUAGAAGUCAGCGUCGAGCAGCUGCUGAGAUAUCAAUCAGAAUGGGUCAAGGGACGGUGGAACGUUGCCGCUACAUCUGAGGAGACUGGUGCUCCUGCAACGACCGAGGAUGGGCACACGAUGGAGGAUAGGCUGGUGCCUAGGGAGGAACUCUUUCGGAGUGAUGAAUACAAAGAUGCCGUCAGGUCUGCGCUGACCGCGGAGUUCCGGUCUUUGAGUAAGAGCACGAUCAACGCUGUUCUCGCAGAGGGGAAUUUCUCCUACACUCGCGCCCGGCCUACGUUGAUCGAUUUAUCCCAGAAAACAUGGCGUGUCACUUUGGGGAACAUGUUUUCAUUCAAGAAGAAGAAAGCACCUCAUAAAGACGAUCCCCCUCCAUAUCUUGUUUGGCAGAGGCGUUCAGUCGACGAGCUCGAACCUGUUUUGAAAGGGACAGGCUGCGCAGAGUUGGACGAGGAGAUUUGUUCUACGUUUUUACUUCCGCUGUUAAAUCGGAGACGAGAGACACAGAUGGAAGAAGAUCUGAAAAAAGCGGAAGAGUUGAAUGAAGCGGAAGCAAAAUCCGUGGACGCUUUAUAUGAAUGUGACUGCUGCCUCGCAGACGUUACCUUUGAACAGAUCUCAACCUGCUCCGAGGCAGGCCAUAUCAUCUGCUUCAACUGCAUCCAACGUACUCUUCAGGAGGCGCUCUUUGGCCAAGGAUGGGAUAAAUCUAUCAAUCUUGACAGGUCGACUCUGUGGUGCAUAGCCCCGUUGGCGGACGGGACGUGUCAGGGGAAAUUAGACGCCGCCCUCGUCAAGAGGGCGAUCCUGAAGCAGAAAUCAGGAGCAGAGACGUAUCGAAAAUUUGAGAACCGACUUGCUUCUGAGUCACUCGUUAAAUCAAAUUUGAAGUUGAUAUACUGUCCUUUCUGCUCAUAUGCCGAGGUAGAUCCCGUUUUCCAUCCGUCGGUAAAGGGAAUUACCUGGCGGUUUCGCAAAGCAAGCCUUAUCACAAGUAUAGUAGUGGUCACGGCACUCCUCGACAUCAUUCCACUUCUUAUAAUUCCCUUGAUCAUCCUCCUCUGCAUUUCCCCUUCCGCGCUGGGAGCUACGUUUCGCAGGUCGUUACAGAAUGUUUGCCUUAGGACGCGAACACAACGCUUCAAGUGUGGGAACCCGUCAUGUUGUCGUGCGAGCUGUAUCCGAUGCCAUAAGCCAUGGAACGAUCCGCAUACGUGUCAUGAACCAUUGCUCCAAUCUUUGAGAACUACCGUGGAGGCAGCCCGCACGGCAGCUAUCAAACGUACCUGUCCAUGCUGUGGGCUCUCAUUCGUCAAGUCCUCCGGGUGCAACAAGCUGACAUGCGUGUGCGGAUAUUCCAUGUGCUAUAUUUGCCGCAAGGCACUGGGACCAAAGGGCCGACGACGACUAAAUGGCAACAACAACAAUGGUGUUCAGCUCAUGGAUGGCGCAGCAGAUGCAGAGUCAGAUAACGAGGAUGCCGGAGAGGAGGCGGAAGGAUACAAACAUUUUUGUGAACAUUUCCGAAUAAACCCGGGUUCCUCUUGUACGGAAUGCAAUAAAUGCGACCUCUACCAAACGGAGGAUGAGGAAGCAGUGGCCCAACGCGCAGGAGAAAAGGCCCAGCGGGAAUGGCGAAUUCGUCAAGGAAUGGAAGACAGUAUCGAAGAUUUACCUACAUCCGAAAUUGAGGGCGCCAAUUUAACGUGUAAGCCGGCAGGACUUUCACCUGGUGCAAUGGCAGCGCGCAGAUACGAUUGGGAUUUACAAUUUGACGUGACCAGCGGAUUUUGGAGAUGUGGUUGGAAGUUUUGGACUAGGGAUCUCUGGCAGGGCCAACGGUGGAAGAUGGAAGCUCAACUUCUAGUCGAUAAUGUCGUCGACCGCCUAAUUGUUGUCGACGCCAACUGA